AUGGCGUUCGACGUGCCCGAGUCGUUCUCGCUCGCACCUACCUGGAUUUUCAUAGGAGCAGUAAUUGUGGUUGUGCUUGGCGAGUACUGCAAAGGAAGAUGUUUUGCCAAACAUGCAUUCCCACUACCCCCUGGACCUCCAAGGAGUUGGUUCUGGCGUAGUGCUAUGCCAUCAAACAAUGUGACCCAUAUAAUCACACAGUGGAUACAACAAUAUGGUCCGGUCGUCUCUGUACGCCAGGGAAAUCAAGUCUCGGUCAUCAUCGGAAGUGUAGAGACAGCCAACGAUAUUAUGGAGAAAGAAGGGAGUGCUCUCGUUGACCGCCCUCAAGCCAUAGCUGCUGGUGAAAUGUUUUCUCAAAAUAUGCGUCUUGUGCUUAUCCGUGUCGGGUCACGAUUUCGUCGGUUUCGCAAAGCGGCAAAUGCACAGUUACAACCAAAGGCAAUUGAAGCCUACCGAGACAUACAAUCAGAGGAUGCGAGACAGCUUGUGUACGAUAUUUUGAAGGCACCAGAGAAACACCAGGAACAUGUGAGACGAUUUUCGAAUUCGGUCAUCCUGCGUAUGACAUAUGGGAAGUCGAGGCCAACCGCGUACACGGAUCCUGAGGUAGUAGGUAUGAAAAUUGCAGCAGAACGUUUUGGAAUUGUUAUGCAACCCGGUGCUUUUUUGGUUGAUCGCAUCCCUAUUCUGCGUUACGUACCCUGGUACGGACGUCAAUUGAAGGCCUGGUUUCGUGAGGAGUAUGAACUGGUACUAGGGCAGAUGGAGCGGGUACAAAAUGAGAUAGCGAGUCGUAUUUCUAUUGCGGCAAGUGGUCUCGCUGGGCCAUCUUUCAUGUGUACACUUCUCGAGCAGCAUGGGCAUCAGCUAUCGAGAACUGAGAUGUGUUAUUUGGGAGGAACGAUUUUUGGUGCCGCUACUGACAAUAUUUCCGCGGCCAUCACCAUUGCUAUCCUGGCAGCGGCUUGUCAUCCCGAGGCUCAAGCGCGUGUACAAGAACAGCUAGAUACAAUCGUAGGUAGAGAACGAGCCCCAUCUUUCGAAGAUGUUCAGCGUCUUACUGAGUUGCACGCAUUUAUGCAUGAAUCGUUGCGCUGGAGGCCUGUUGUCCCGCUUGGUUUUCCCCAUCGUGCCACGAGGGAUAUAAUAUGGGAUUUCGGAUCCCUGCUGGCGCAACAGUCUACGGCUGUCACUGGUCUAUUUCUCAUGAUGCAACUGCUUUUCCUGACCCCGAAAACUUUGACCCCCAGAGAUGGGUUGAACCCUGCGGGCGCAUUCGUCCCGAUCUCAAGUCUUUCCCAUUUGGCUUUGGCAGGCGGACAGUAUCUCGCAAGUGAUUCUAUCUUGAUCACUCUUGCGUGUUUGUUCUGGGCUUUUCGAAUCUUGGAACCCAAGGAUGCGCCCAUAGAUAGGUGGGCAUUCAAAGACAAUGUUGUUGCACACCCGCAACCGUUUUCGGUCAUGUUUUUCCCAAGGUGGGAUGUGGGGCAUUUGGAAGAAAUCGUGGGGCAAUCCUAG